UAAACACUAGAUUUGCUUAAUCAAUUCGUGCUCUCCGCUACUGCAUAAGCUAUGCACCAAAAUCAACCCCUUCUUCUCCUCCUCCUCUUCCUUCUACAUCGGUCUUUUAGCAUUGCCAUAAAAAAUAAUCACUGCACAACCUCUUGCGGUGAGGUCGCAAACAUAAGUUACCCAUUUCGGUUGAUGGGAGACCCGAAAUUUUGCGGCCACAGUAAUUAUGAGCUAGCCUGCAAGGAUAACCGCACCAUUUUGGAUUUUAACUCGGGCAAGUACUUUGUACACAACAUCGACUACACCAUCCAAAAUAUUAGGGUCGCUGAUGUCAAGCUGCAAAAGGGCAAUUGCUCAUCCCUUCCUCACCAAUCUUUAGGGGGCCCUUAUGAAUGGCCCAUGGAUGCUUAUCAAGGUUUUUCGAAGGCUGUUUCGAUCGUGAGUUGUGUGAAGGCCGUGGAUUUUCCAUUUUACAUUGAUGCUUCGUCAUGCCUUGGUGGGCUUCCAUCACUUAAUUUCUCUGGUGCGAGAAGGCGAGUGUAUGCCUUGGUCAAUGCAAAUGCCUCAUCUAUGGAAACUGCAUGCACUAUAGAGUUUAUGGUAACGCUGUCAGAGUGGGUUGAUGAAAAUGAUCUUCAUUCCUAUGCGCAAAUUCACGAACAUAUGGUUUAUGGAUUCGAGCUUUCAUGGUGGAAUCCUUCGCACACCAAGAUAGAUAUCGCCUAUGGCCUCGCUCAUACUCUCUGGCGUAUUGAACAUAUCUCGUUCCUUCCCAUCGGUUUCGUUCGUUACAAACUCAAUCUCUAUUCGGAAACAGGGAACCACUACCUUGAUGUGGUGGUGCGCUUUCUCUUGGACAUCGGUAACAUUACUAUAUUAAUCUCAUUGUGAAAUUGACUUUGAAUUUCUAAAUGCAAACAUUU